AUGGCGGGACCACUGCUGGAGUUUGAGACCGAGAUGUUCCUGAGCCUCUUCGGCUGUGAGGGGCUGGUGGUGGUGGUGGCUGAGGGGAUGGGGGUUGACCGCAUCCUGCUGCAGUUCAUGCGGCAUUUCACGGAGCACUUGAGAGUGGAGGGAGUCGCCGACCUGCCGAGGACGGUCACCAACAAUGUCCGGAGUGCUGAGCGUUAUAACGUUUACACUGAGGGAGGGGUGCUGUUUGUCACCAGCAGAGUCCUGGUGGUGGACUUCCUCACUGACUGCAUCCCUGCUCAUUUUAAAUCAGGUAUCCUGCUGUAUUGCGCCCGUAAAAUAAUUGAGUCAUGUCAGGAGGCCUUCAUCCUUCGUCUGUUCAGACAGAAGAACAACGGCUUCAUUGAGGCCUUCACUGACAAGGCUACGGCUUUCUCCUCAAGCUUCUGCCAAGUAGAACGUGUGAUGAGAAACCUCUUCGUCAAGAAGCUCUAUUUGUGGCCCAGAUUCCAGGCUUCAGUGAACACAGCACUGGACAAACGCAAACCAGACGUAGUGGAGCUCCAUGUGUCAUUAACGCCGGCUAUGAGGGCCAUCCAGAGCUCCAUCCUGGACAUCAUGAGCGCCUGUCUGAAGGAGCUGAAGCGCUACAACCCCACCUUAGAGGCUGUGGACUUCUCACUGGAGAACACGCUAGGAAAUGCUUUUGAAAAGACUAUCCGUCACUACCUGGACCCCCUGUGGCAUCAGCUAGGGGCAAAGACCAAGGCCCUGGUUGAGGACCUGAAGGUGCUGAGGGUCCUCCUGCUCUGCCUCAGCCAGUAUGACUGUCUCACCUUCCUCAAUUUGCUCAAGUCCCUGCACUCCAGCCAGAAGAAUGUGGGCUGUGAUUCAGGUUGGCUGUUCCUGGACUCCAGUACCUCCAUGUUUGUGAACGCUAGGAGCAGAGUGUACUGCAUUCCUGACAGCAAAGAGAAACUCAAAGCUGGAGCUGAGGCUGAGAAAGAGAAGCCAAAUCUGCUUCAGGACCAAAGGCUCAGUCUGUAUGUGGGUUUCAGAGGUGAAGUGGGAGCUGGUGCUGGAGAAGAGCCCAAAGUGGGAGGAUCUGACUGAGGUGCUGGAGGAGAUCGAGAGGAAGAACAAGAGCUGUACAUGAACCAGCAUGAACCAGGUUAGAGCUCAGUGCUGUUAAACUGCUAUAGCAGUCUGUUGUGUCAACAGUGCAUUUAAACCUAUGAAUUUACAAAAAAUGCGCUAUAGUAAGAGCAUUUUGUAGAUGCUACAUUUUAGAUUCCAUUAGCUAGUUUUGUUUAAUUGAAGUCAUUUUCUAACCGGCGGCGCCCAGAGAGCCUGCCGCUGCUGAAAAAAAAAUCCUAGCGGAAACGGUGCUGUCAGCUUUCAGUUAGAUAAAAGCAUUAUAUAGUUCAAGAUUUUUCAUGUUUUAUAAUGGUUUAAAAUAUGUGGACAUAAAAUGGCACAGAAAUGUUAAAUACAGUAAAAUGUUUAAAUGCAGUAAAAUUCACACCUGACGUUGAGCUACAAGAUCCUGAUAAUCAGCAGGUAACUAUUUACAUUUAUUGUGUCAUAUACAGUAUUUAUUAAAGUGUUUAUUUUGUUAUAUGUUUGUUGUUAUAAUGUGCAAUAUUUGUACAAUUUUCCUGCUCUGUGUCUAAGGUUUUUCACUUAAUGCUGGAAAAAAAUAUUCACGGAUAAUGCUAAGUUUUAUGUGCCUAAUGCUAAUAGUCAGUUGUUCAAAUGGAGCUGUCAAAUCAAACUGUAAAGCUGCUAAACUUGAUUAAAUGAUGGGACAAAUAAAA